UGAAAUUUGAAACCAGAUCUUCGAAUUUCCCUUUAAUCAAUCAAUCAAUCGUCUAGACCAUUAUUCUCAUAAAUGAUCAUCAACAUAUUUAUUACCUUAAAUCCACCACUAAGUUAACUCAACGUGGGGCCACCGUGGGGACGACGUGAGAUGUGAGAUAACUAUUGGUCGGGAAUCCCAAAUGCUUUGCUUUUCCUUCUAGGGCUACUUUUUCCCAUUCUCUCUAGCUUGAUUAAUAUUGAUAUUUUAGUAGAAAUAUUGGCGCAACAUUGGUUUUUACUCCGGAGCACCCCCAUCAAAUAGAUCUUUCUUUUUCGUGUAAUCUCAUCUGGCUGGGACAUUACCCCGAGACUGCUUGAACUCUCGAUUUUCUAGCCAUGGUGAAAGAGACUGAGUAUUAUGAAAUCUUGGGCGUCAAUGUGGAUGCAACUCCAGCUGAAAUCAAGAAGGCUUACUAUGUUAAGGCAAGGCUGGUGCACCCAGAUAAAAACCCUGGAGAUCCUAAAGCAGCUCAAAAUUUUCAGGUACUUGGUGAGGCUUAUCAAGUACUAAGUGACCCUGCGAAGCGUAAAGACUAUGAUCAGAAUGGAAAGGCAGGUCUAUCUCAUGAUUCGAUGAUGGAUCCUGCUACACUAUUCGGUAUGCUUUUCGGGAGUGAGUUUUUUGAUGAUUAUGUAGGUCAACUUGCCUUGGCUACUGUAGCAUCCGUGGAACUUGAAGAAGAUUCCCAAAUUCCAGAAUUCCGUAGGCAGAGAAUUCAGGAGAUUCAGAAAGAGAGAGAAGAAAAAUUAAUAAAACUUCUGAUAGAUCGUCUUCAACCAUUUGUCGAAGGUCGAAAGGAAGAAUUUGUAAGUUGGGGAAACUCAGAAGCCCGCCGACUGUCACAAGCUGCUUUUGGUGAGGCUAUGCUGCAUACCAUUGGAUAUAUUUAUACAAGGCAGGGUGCAAGAGAACUUGGAAAGAAGAGACGUCUUAUGGGGGUACCAUUUAUAGCAGAGUGGGUACGAGACAAAGGUCACAAUAUAAAAUCUCAAGUAACAGCAGCUUCAGGUGCUGUGGCAUUAAUUCAGAUCCAGGAAGGCAUGAAGAAGUUGGAUCAGACUGAGAACAGAGAAGAGAGCUUGAUCAAACAUCUUGAAGGUAAAAAGGAUGAAAUGGUUAAUUCUCUCUGGAAGAUCAAUGUGGUUGACAUCGAGUCAACUCUCUCACGUGUUUGCCAAACGGUUUUGAAGGAUCCUAGUGUCUCAAAAGACAUGCUCAGGCUGCGAGCUAAAGGAUUGAAAAAGCUUGGUGCAAUUUUUCAGGGUGCAAAGGUUCUUUAUAGAAGAGAAAACAGCCUCCGCUAUGAGGAUGCUGUGAAGGCAAAUUCUGCAUCACCAGCAGAAACAUCAUGAUAAAGUUUAGUAACCUGGGUCUGUAUUAUCAUUGUGGAUAUGAGUUCAUUCUUGAUAUUGUGUUUGCUCAGCUUUUCGGUGAACCCUUUAUACUGUAUGGUACCUAGGGAAUCAACUAUACUUGGUGUUAUCCAUUGUAGCUAUUCAACAGAUGGACCCUUCACUCACAUAAGUUUAUGAUCAUUUGUUGCUUGUUUAUUUUUC